UUGCAGCUCCAGUUCUCUAUUCAUUCCAAAGAACUUAGGAAGUGAGAACAGUCUGUGGAUAGGGGCUGGUCAAGUCAGUGGAGCUUGGACAGACACAGAAGCCAACUCAUUGACCACUUGCUCAGUCAUAGCAUGGCUGAACAGUUUUCAGAGGAGCAGAUCGCUGAAUUCAAAGAGGCCUUCAGCCUUUUUGACAAGGAUUCUGAUGGCUGCAUCACCACCAAGGAGCUGGGAACCGUCAUGAGGUCACUAGGCCAGAACCCCACAGAGGCUGAGCUGCAGAACAUGAUUGGAGAGGUUGAUGCUGAUGGUAAUGGUACCAUUGAUUUCCCUGAGUUCUUGGGCAUGAUGGCAAGGAAGAUGAAGAACACAGACAGUGAGGAGGAGAUCCGGGAGGCCUUCCGGGUGUUUGACAAAGACGGCAAUGGCUUCGUCAGUGCAGCUGAGCUAAGGCAUGUAAUGACCAAGCUCGGGGAAAAGCUGACGGAUGAGGAAGUCGAUGAGAUGAUCCGAGAAGCUGAUGUUGAUGGCGAUGGGCAGGUGAACUAUGAGGAAUUUGUCCGCAUGCUUAUAUCUAAGUAGGGAGGAUGGGGAAGACAUUGCUAGUCCUGACUCAAAUCGCUUUCUUCAGCUUCACAUUGUGCUCUUGACUUUCUGAUGGGGGGAUGUGUUUUUUUUUUUCUUGCUGUUUCAAAAAUUUUGAACAUCACAAUUUCUCCUCCAUCUCUCCACACUGGAUUCUCUCCUCAUGAGCUUACAUUCUGAUAUUGCUUUUUUUCUCUAUCAAGUUGUCAGAAUGUCAUAUACUUUUUUUCCAUUGGGCCCUCCUGUCCAAAAACGAAACCGGGAUAUCCAAUGAGCAGCAAUCGGCAAAAAGUCAACCAUCCCUUUAAAAUACCUUCAACACACAGGAGUUGAAAUGGAAAUAGUGUCAUUCUUUGAAGACGAGAUACUGAGGUCCAAGAAGUUCCUUGUAAACUCUGUGGCCCAUUGAGUAAUGGUAAAAACCUAUUCCAUUCUGGAUACAAUCUUUGAAGGAGAUGCUAAAUCAUCACACAAAGAUGACAUCAGCCCAUACCUAAAUUCCUAUAUCCUUUCUACAAUCCAUGAGAACAGUGUGCUACUUGCUUGAAGACUACAAAUGGGGGUGGGGGUUGUAAUUGAUAUUCAGGAGGUUGGGAGGAACUUGGUGCCUGCUGGAAAAAGAAGGUGAAGGUGAGGACUCUGGGUAAUUGUGUGCAAGGCUCCUCUCCAACUCUAGUUGUUUCUCCCACCUGUCUGCCUGGAAAAACAUCAUUGACUCAAU